CAGAAAAAUACUUUUAGGUUGAGCAAUAAAGACUCCUCCCUGCAUCAUCCAGACUUAUAAAACCCCUCAGCAGCCAUACCUUGAUGAUCCUGGAGGAGAUUCCUGCUCUAAUCUACCUCGGAGACAACAAGAUCCUGUCCUUUGCAGAGCGCAGGAAGACUACAAAUGAUGCCAGCACAGUGGCGCUGGACAUGAGAACAGGAAAGGUGAACAAGAAUAAGGGAACCAAUCCUGCGGUGACAAUUAAGUGGUCAGAUCUAAAUCCAGUUAAGCAGGCACAACUUGAUGGAUGCCGUCCUAUGAACCCCUGCCCGGUGUAUGAGAAGAAAAGCAAAACACUGUUCCUGUUUUUCAUCUGCGUCACAGACGGAAUCUCAGAGUGGAAACAGAUAAAUUCCGGCAACAACCAGACUCAUCUCUGCUACAUCAAGAGCACUGAUGAUGGCCAAAACUGGAGUGAGGUGAAUGAUUUGACUGACAAACUGCAUGAAAUCAAGAAGUGGGCCACAAUGGCUGUUGGGCCAGGCCAUGGUAUUCAAAUGGACAGUGGUAGAUUGAUUGUCCCACUUUAUGCUUAUUAUGAGGCAAAAUCUCCCUUCUCCCUCUGCCUGUACAGUGAUGAUCGGGGUAAAACUUGGAAACUGGGCAAUACAUUUAAAACACAUUCGCUUGAAUGUGAAAUGGCAGAGAUUUUUGAUGUUACAGACAACAGCAUACUCUACUGCAAUGCUCGUCAUGCAUGGCGUCGAGUGGAAGCUGAGAGUAGAGAUGAAGGAGAAGAUUUUUGCUCCCUUGGUCAUAGCCCCCUUGUGGAGACAAACACAGGCUGUCAGGGAAGUGUAGUCUCCUUUCCAGAUCAAAGUGAAAAACAAGGUCAUAACAAGUGGCUCCUCUACAGCCACCCGACUAAGACGUACAAAAGGGUUAAUUUAGGAGUGUAUCUGAACAAAUCCCCACAGAAUCCAAAUGCAUGGAGCAAACCCUCCAUCAUCAACAGUGGACCCAGUGGUUAUUCAGACCUGGCUUACAUUGAUGAUGGUUGGUUUGUUUGUUUAAUGGAGUGUGGGGAGCAGACAGAAACUGAUCAGAUAGCUUGUCGGAUUUUUAGCUACAAUGACGUCGAGCAGGCCAUUGCAGAGUAGUCUGAGGUGAAGCCUUCUGACUAAACAGCAGAGAGAAAAUCGGGGAUGCAGCUUUUGUCAAUUACACCCCAAAACUAUUGAACAAACUACCUUUAGAUAUCAGGGAAGCCAGUUCACUAAAUAUUUUUAAGAGAAAGCUUAAAACUUAUCUCUUAACUUUAGCUUUUAAUUAGCUCUUCUAUCAGUUACUACUGCACUUCUUUUAAUCGUUGUAUUUUACUUGAUUUUAUUCUUUUUGUAACCAUGUACUAUUAUUGUUGGGUUUUUUGUCUUAUAUUGCAUCUUAUAUUACAUUAAUGUUUUUAUUUUUUUCCUCCUUAUAUAAUUGUAUUUGUAAUGCUUUUAUUUCUUUCCUCUUUCUUUUCUGUUCUUUCUUCUUCUUUUUUUUUCUUCUUUUUUU